AUGGCGGACACUGUGAUGAAGCCGCCGACAAAAGCCGACGUACCCUUUCUUCCCAGCGAAAUCAUGGCUGAAAUUUUCAAAAGACUUCCGGUAAGAUUCCUCACUCAAUUUCAAUGCGUUUGCAAAGACUGGAAAAUUCUCAUAAAAAAUCUCUUCAAGACUCCGUCUUUCAUCCAAGACCACCUCCACCACUCUGGCAAUCGAAACCCAUCACUUCUCCUCGAACAGUACCAUCGCCGUAUCCGUGGCAUUCGCCUUAGUGUACUGGACUAUGAUAAGCAAGUUCAUAAAGUUCAAGAAUCACUCUUGACCAACUUGCGGUUCAAUGUUGAUAUUGUGGGUUCCAGCAAUGGCUUGGUCUGUGGUAAAAUAAUAUUUAAAAGUACUAUAUAUCAUCAUCCCCUUUUAGUGUGGAAUCCAAUGACUAGAGAGGCUAGGAAGGUGCUUCCCAAAACCAUUAUUAAUUCUGAGCUUGUUGACUUUGUAGGAUUUGGAUUCAGUCCUCUUGAUAAUGAUUACAAGAUAGUGAGAAUUAUUGUAGAUGAUUCUAGUGUGAUUAAACCAAUUGAAGUGUAUUCAUUGAAGUGUGGGUCAUGGAAGAAAAUAGAAUUUGGAAACUUAUUAAAAGGCAUAAGGAUGACUUCUAAAAAUGUCACAGUUAAUGGAGUUAUGUUUUGGUUUGCUAGAUGGUACGAUGACAUCGAUACAAUACUUUUAGUUGACCUAUCAAAGGAAGUGUGUACAUACAUAAGUUCAAUGCCUUAUAUAAACUACUUUUCUCCUAGAAGACUUGUUAAGUAUGAGAACAAACUUGCUGUGAUUGCAAACAAUAUUGAAGGAAUAGAUCAAUCUAAUCGGAUACAUUUGUGGGUGAUGGAGGAGGAUCGUCAAUGUGCAUCGAAGGAUGAUUCGGAGAGAUGGAGGUGGACUAAGAUAUAUACUAGCGAGCCCUAUCAAUCCAAGUGUAAGGACUUAAAUCCUGUGACUAUUUGGGGGAAUGAGAUUGUCUUGUUACCUUAUGAUCAGGUUGAGAAUCGUGAUGGCAAAACAACAACUUUAUAUUUGCUUAAUCUCAUUACUAAUGAGUUUAAGAAGAUUGCUGCAAGAGCAUACACUUACAACUAUUACCAAACAAGGAAACGAAGACCUUUCUAUUACAAUGGAAAGAACAUUGAAAUUGAUAUUUUUAAUUACGUGGAGAGCCUUGUAUCAGUCGGUAACAUCAACAUUGAAGAACAUGGAUCUUGA